CUGCUUUCAGCGUGCACAGACAUCGAUAGAUCACGUUGCCUUGCUCGUUGUUAUCGAGCAGACCUACACAAUAUUCGCACGUAUCUCUUCAACAAUAAAACAAAAACUCACCUCGGACACUGGGAGAAGCGUCGUGAUGAUUCCAUCACAUUUUCAAUAAAAAUCGAGACAAACGUUAACAACGAAAUGGACAAUUAUUCGAACGAAACUUCCAACGACGUCGCCGUGACGAGAACGAACAUCAAUGCGCCCUCAUUCGCGGACGAAUCGCAGAACGUCGUAUCGUUUUCGAAGGAAGAAACGAUCCCAAGAUACGGCACGACGUUCCGAGAAGCCGGCGCAGCGUGUCCGACGAAAUUUAUGGAUUGGUCCGAGGAGAGAUUCACCGACGACGCCGUGAUGAAGAGCGUUGCCGCGGACCCACGAGUGGAAAGACACGCGGAGGACGCGUUCGCUCGUGAAAACGAGGACACGCGUCGGAAUGACAACGAGGCUCGAGCGUCGCGUGAAUUCGAGGCGCAUUUAGAGAUUGAAAGAGACGGCGGACGUUCGCGGGAAACGGAGAAUUUCAGAGUGAAGGCCGAAGAAGAACCGUCGCCGGAGAUGUUUCUCGUCUCGAUUUUGCAGAAGAGCGCUGUGCUCGUGAAAAAUUCGAAGGAACGUUUCAACGAGAAGAUAGUCGAUCUCGGGACGGACGCGUCGAAAGAGAAAUGCACGGUGGUGGGUCGGGAAGAAAAUCGAAAUCCUUCGAGCGUGACUGAUACGCGACUCGAGGAGUCUUCGUGUUCGAAGGAAACGAACGAUGCGCAGAGGGACGAGAGUUUUGGAAUUGUCUCGAAAAUUCGGGCAAAUACCACGGGAGGAGGACACAACGCGACACAAUCUCGACGCGAAGAAACAAAGAAAGACGUUGGACUAUUUCGAGAAAGGAGUUCGACGCGAAAUAACGGCGGAACUGAGUCAACGAUUUUCCCGACGAGAUCG